AUCCGUAUUAGUAUCACAUUCACACCGUUGCUCUAGCAUGUACGGCACCUUCAGAUGCUAAGCUAAGCCUACAGAGAAUGAAUGAGAUAGAGAGAGAGACACACACACAGAAGAUAACCUUUGAAAACAGCGUCCCUCUUUACCCCGCAGGAAGGACCAAGCCCACCAGCAGGGAAAAUUUCCAUAUACUUGCAUAGAUGACAAGAUGUUAUACACCACAGCAGUUAAAGCCAAUUACCAGAUCUAGUGUAAGAAGAAUUAUUUGCAAGGACUGAAGUUUGUUGGUGGAUUGGAUUCCUAACAUAUGUGGCAUGAGAAGCAAGAGGGCAUAAUCUUACCAGGUCAGACAAUGCAUACACCUAUAAGUCAGGGUGCAUUUAUGGAGAACAAGAUACUGACACCUCAUUCAGGAACUUCUGAAUCAUCACGAAAGAGGAAGUUAAUAGCUGUUGAUAAGCAACACACCAUUUCUGAAUCUGUUCAUGAAUAUGGGUUCCCUAAAGAGAUUGAAGAAAAUUCCCUUGAAUUGUUUUUAAAUCAAAGUCAACUGUCAAUUAAAACGGUUGGCAUCAGGAAUCAAUCUAAGAAAGAUCAAUUUGAUGGUCAGAAUACUCUCCCGGCAACUCGACAAAAUUGUAAUGGAUAUUACAGAAAUGGAGCUGAGAAAAUAAGCAUUGCAUCCCCAAGCGUGCUGCCUCAAAGUGAUCAGGCUUCAAAUUGUGAAGGAAUAGAAGUUGCCUCAACUGUUGGACCAGGCUCUUUGUUAGCCCCUGCGUCUGUUGAACAAAAAUACAAAAAUGAUAUGUCACUGCAAAAUGAACUCCAAUUUAGCAGUGGCCCUUCAGGUGUUGGCUUGGGUGAUAAUUAUAAAAAGGAAAAUGGCAGAGCUCAGGGAGACAGCAAUAGCCAAAUAGUGAAGAAAGAAGAAGGAUCAGAAGUUGAGAAUAUUAAGCAUGCUUUGGAAGAAACUUCACCUAGAAAUGGUAGUUGUUCUGCUGCUGUGAAUAUUAGGCAUGAUCUAACGCAUGGUUCUUUGAAGUCCACCGAUAGAAGGAAAUUACUUGUCAGAAAAGUGGCUCCCACAUUUGCUGAGAAGCUCUGGGAUGGGUCCCUUCAGUUGAAUUCUUCUGUAAAUGUGUUUGCAGUUGCCUUCUUUAAGAGCGGUGAGAGGAUGCCUAAUAUCAAGUGGUGUCAAUCUGUAGAAGUCAAAGGCAAAGUGAGGUUAGAGGCUUUUGAAAAAUAUAUUCAAGAUCUUCCUCGCUCACGAAACCGAGGGUUGAUGGUAAUAUCACUUUGCUGGAAAGAAGGGUCUUCUAAAACUGGACUGGCAGGCAUGAAAAAGGUUGCAAAAGGGUACAAAGAAGGGGAGAGGGUUGGCUUUGCACAACUCUCUCCAGGUAUUGAUCUUUACAUCUGUCCUCGUAGUGAGACCAUUAUCACAAUACUUGCUAAACAUGGGUUCUUCAAGGGCAUGGCUGCUGUUGAAGACAACCAAGAUUCCUUGAUUGGUUGUGUUGUGUGGCGAAGGAACCGAGCAACUUCAAAUACUGAUGUAAAGAAACUGAAUAAAAAGAGUUGUUCCUUGACGGAGCGGCCUGUCAAUUCACCUUCUGACUCUUCUACUCAAAGAAGUGCAGAAAAUAAUUUGUCUCAUACACAACCAGCUGAGGAAUCCUUCCCAGUUGCGUCAGCUACAGAUUAUGCGACUCUUGAGAGUAUAGGAAAUAAUAGUAUUGAAAGCAAGAAUGUUAAGCAUAGUAAUGCCCAACUUGAGUUUCGUAAUCCUUCCACCAGUUCUAAACCCUUGCCAACACCUUCAGUCCCAAGUGAUUCUCUAUCUGUUUCAGUGGGAAUCAAGACAUCAUGUUCUGACUGUGACUCUCAUCAAGGCUCUUUGGGACAGUCAUUCAAAGUUGAAGCUCCUCAAAUGCACAAUUCAGGACAAGAGAAACCUAAACCGAGUUUGGAACUUCAAACACCUGUCCUGUCUCUUCCAUCUAAUGUCACAAAGAAAGUUGUGUCUGUGCCUGACGAUGAUGAUCUUCCUGAAUUUGACUUUGGGACUUCAUCCGGUAUUUCUCAGACUAUAACAAGCAAGCCUCUAGAUGCUUAUAUAAGGGAGAAGAAACUUUCAGCUGAAGGAUUUAGGAAUAUUGAUAGGUCCCUGCCUCCAACAGUGUCACUAAUUGUCAAUCAUAGACUAUUGGAAAAUUCAAAUAUUGCACAGCUUCCCCUAGGUGCUGUUCAGAAGAAGACUCCCCUGAAGAAUUUUUGUGAAAGCAACAGUAUCUUCAGAUUUCCCAUUGUGGAAGGAAAACACACUGCCCAAACCAUAGCUGUCACCACACGAGGUAGCACUAGUGCUGUUCCAUGUGCAAAGAAUCUUUUUCAUGAUGAUGAUGACAUGCCUGAAUGGUGUCCACCUGACGUUGAGCUUCACAGGCAAUCGGUUCCAAAGACAAAUUGGCCAUUAACAACUUCAAUCAACUUCAAAGUGCCAAACUCAAUGUUUGAAAGUUUCCAUGCUACUCCAAGUCCUCUGCUUCCUUCUACAUCUAGGGUUGCUAUUCCUCCACCAUUUGCUACUCAAACACUCCCUUCUGCAUAUAAUUGCCUCAAUGAAGUAACUAUGAGACCUGUGCAGACAAGACCAGCUGUUGGACAUAUGCAAAGGGGUCCAACUUCUUUGAUGAGAUUCAAUUCUAAUUCACUAUUGACACCUACUUUAAACACAUUUGAUGUCAAAUUUCCUAUCCAUCAUGCUGGCUGGAGAGGCUAGAGGUAAUGAUGCUUGGAAGGAGCAACACAACUAGUAACCUGAGUCCUGACACCUUGAACUGUAUGUGAAACAGUAAAAAAACGUCGUAGAGAAUAUUGCUUCAGGUAGAAAAGACACUGAAGAAGUGUGAUUUAAAUAGGGAUUUCAAGUUGUAGAUAUUACAUAAGCAGAAAGUUGAUGUGCAGGCUCAUGCUUAGGGUCUUUUGUUUUCA